AUGCAUGCAGUAAAGCACCUUAUUCUGUAUCUUCAGGAAGACCAAGAAGCUAGACGAGAGAUUGCUGAGAAAGAUCGUAGAAUUAAGGAUUUGGAGGAAAUGGUCGAGAAAUUGGGCUUGGAUCGUGAGGAGGUGACACUGCCGUCACGUGAAAUGAAGGAGGCGAUGACAAACGCUGUUCUUGGAGAUGAUGUUUACGGAGAAGACCAAACAAUCAACGAGUUGGAAGCAAGAUGUGCCACUUUGCUAGGUAAAGAGGCUGGUCUUUUCGUGGUCAGUGGUACGAUGGGUAAUCUGCUAGCCAUCAUGGCGCAUUGCGAACGUGGUGAUGAGAUCAUCGUCGGAAGAUACAAUCAUAUUUACCGUUGGGAACAGGGGAACUAUGCCCAACUUGCAGGUGUAAGUGCGACGACAGUUGAUGUUGAGAAUGAGGGUACUAUGAAAAAUCAAGAUAUCGAAGAUUCCAUUCGCAUCAAAGACGAUCAUAUGCCACGUUCUCGUCUCAUUUGCGUAGAAAACACGCAUAACUAUGCUGGUGGACGAGCUCUGCCACUCGAAUAUCUUAGAUCUGUUCGAGAACUAGCCUCUCGUCAUAACCUGAAUAUUCAUCUCGAUGGCGCUCGUAUCUACAAUGCUUCUGUUGCUCUUAACGCGAAGGUUUCUGAAAUUGCUCAGUAUGCAGAUUCAGUGAUGAUGUGUUUUUCAAAGGGUUUGGGUGCACCGAUAGGAUCCAUCCUUGUGGGUUCAAAAGGUUUUAUUGAGAAAGCAAGGAGGAGCCGUAAGGUUUGUACAAAAUAUUGCUUAUGCUUCUAUUGCUGGGCAUAA